CGGGAGUAUGAAAGUUUUCGGGCUCUCUCGAGCGUGUAUCUGUCACCGCCAUUGCUGCAAUAGAAAUAGAAGGAGCUCCCACACCGUGUUUCUUUCCCAUCGGACGUUGAUCUUUUAGCAUCACCUUCAAUUCCCUUUUCUGCCCUUGUUUGGGAGAGAAGAGCACCCACGGCCAUCUUCUUCAAUUGAUUGCAGGAAUCAUCUGGAAGAGUUUGUUCUUGGCAUCGAGAUCGUUUAGCGUCUCAGAUCCGAGAGUUUUCAGCUGAAAGAGGAUGGGGGAAGUCACUGAACCACCCUUUGUCCCAAGAGAAAGGCUUAUUAAGAAGCAGCAAUACUUUCAGAAUGUCCACAAAUAUACGUACUUGAAAGGGCCAUAUGAUAAGAUCACCUCUGUUGCCAUACCCCUUGCAUUUGCCGUCACAACAGGGUUUCUUAUUGCUCGAGGGAUUUACAAUAUGUCUCAUGGGAUUGGAAAGAAGGAAUGAAAGUCCUUGUUUCUCCCUUGCAAGCAGUGAACUAGCAAAUGAAUCUUUUGUGUCUUCUCUGAUGAGCAGAUUUGAGUUGGAUGAUUAUGUAUCAGAACCACUCUGACCUGUGGUCCUGCUCCUUGGGUAUAUUGUUUGUACUCCUUUGAAUAAUAUUUUGGCUGCUUUUUUUUUAUGAGCCUCUGGAUAAGUUGGUUUAGACUUCUAUGAGGCAUUUAUUAGCCUAGAACUGUAGUUGAAAGAGUUGCCAGAUAUGCAUACUGUUCAUGGGCGGGAUGCAAGUUUUAUUUGUGUUCUGGUUAAGUAGUAGUCUUUGAAUGAAAUAUUAAAAGGGUGUGGUUUUUAUAGAGCCGAGGCUCUAAACAAUAAGAGUAAAGCGCACUUUCAAAUA